AUGAAAGCCAUAAAUGGUAAAUCGCCGAUCACUCGCAACUUGACGCCCUUGUUCACCCGACAUCGGGAUCGACGGGCUGCAAGGAAGCUCGGUGGUGGGCUGCAUGGCGACGUGGAUCGUCUGCUCGACGUGGAGGGGGGUCGAAAAGAGGUCUCGCUGGAGAUGGCCCCGCUGCCACCUCAAUGGGUCGAGGCAGCCGAACAGGCGAGAGAGGACAUCAAGACAAUUAAAGACAAGAUGGUGCAGCUUGAGAAAGCGCAGUCAAAGCGCCUCAUUCGAGUAUUCUCGGACGACAAAACUCCCGACAGAGAGGUCGAACGAAUAUCCAACGAAGUGUCAAAUCUUGUAAAGAGAUGCGAGAAUUCAAUUCACCAGGUGAAGACCCGUGGAACUGCUCUUGCCUCUGAGAAGGACAGAGAGUUGAGGCAGAACAUGCAGCGGAAUCUCGCUACUCAGCUUCAACAGCUCUCGCAGCACUUUCGGCAGUCCCAGAAGGACUACCUGAAUGACAUCAGAAACCGCCAGAAAGGAGGGCUGAUAGACGAUGUUGCGAAAGGAAGCAUGCCCGACGCCGACAUAGGUUUCACCGAUGGCCAGCUCCAGGAUUUGCAAGAGAUGGAGCAAAGUGCGACCGUGAGGAAUGAAGAAAUCAACAAGAUCGCGGCCUCCAUCACAGACCUACAUACAAUUUUCAAGGAGCUUGCGGUGCUGGUCAUAGAUCAGGGAUCCAUCCUUGACCGCAUUGACUACAAUAUUGAGCAGGUUGUCCACCAAAGUGCAGAAGCAAAUAAGCAGCUUCGAAAGGCAGAAGAAAGCCAAAAAAGCAAUCGAGCACACUGCCAUGAACUGCAUCUACUUCCUGGUCAUUGUCAAUCUUGUCUUGAUUAUUUUGCUGAUUCUGAAGGCCAGACACUAGGCUCGGACCAGUUUGAGUCUUCCCUGAUUCAAGAAGCUUUCUGGCCAGCGCUGUGCAGCAUGGGCAAGAAAGCUGGAUAUGUGGAUCCGGAUGACGAGCGCAUUCAGAAGGGACAGCGGCAGCUGAUUGAAGAGUCUGCCAAAUGGAAAGGACCGGGUCACAAGGAACGCCAACAAGAGCGGGAAGUCCGGAAGGCAAUGAAGAACCGGGCCAAGCAGCCCCAGGAGAAGGCCUCUUGGAAGCAGCAGGCUGCUGGCUGGUUCUUCAUCUUGUUCAUGUGUGGCAUAGGCUUUUUUUCGUUCCUGUUCUCAAUCUCCGACUUCAUUAUUGGCAAUGGGGUUGUCACGCUUGACGUGCAAGACACAGCAAAAUUAAAGAAAGUGCUCUUCGGUGGAGACCCCUGGCUUAUCUACUGCAUAAACGACGAGACUGUCAAUCACCGCUUGCCGCAAAUUCUGGAGGAAUCCGGCAGAAGUCUUUGGCGGAGCUUGGGGUUGAGUGUCGGCAUUCUUCGGUGUUGGGACCAGACUUCUAGUGGUCGAAGUGUGGCCCAGCGGUUCAGCCUCAGCCUGAAGCCACCUUUGUCCUUCGUUGUCGCCAAUGGCAACAAGCCGCGCCCUCUCCCUCUUACUGGAAUUUCAAAAGUCGAGGAUCUGGAGAAGAGAAUCAAGCCUGCUCUCGUUUUGGAAAUACAUCGGAUUGACGCUUUAAAGAAGUGGUCGACCAUCUGCACUUCACGUCGUUCCUGCGUCGUCGUGGGCCACAAGAAUACCGCUCAGCGUGACACUGCACUGAACGUUUUGAGGCCAUUGCAAGAAAAGUUUCGCAGUCUCAAAGUUGUGUCGCUGGACACGUCUUUCUGGCAGCUGAAGCUUGAAGAAAGCCUUCUUGCGACGAGAAGCAAGGAGAAGGGUGGCGCGGAUGUGCUUUGCCUGACCCGAGAUGAUUCGACAGGCAAUGCAACGUACGGUGGCUUGUUCAUGCAAAGCAUGGACGCCAGCAGCGCUACAUCGUUUCUUCAGGCUUGCGCUGACCAGCAGUCGGCGCCGCUGAAAUCCAUGCCGAGGAUCAAAGCGCGUCCCUCAAAACCCAAGAAGGUGACUGCAACCUCGGCACCAGCACCUCGUCCAAAGCCAUCCCAGCAGCCAGCACCUCCCCACAGGAAAGGCAAAGUUGACCAAGUGGGGUCCAGAGACAGUUUGCAGGACGAGGAGCCACUUUUCGAGGCGGUUCGGAACACAUUUCAGCUUCAGACGUAA